ACGAGAGACCUUCAAUGCCAUGUCACCGAGACUUCAGGAGCUGCUGGCUGGGCAGAAGAUCCGGUUCCGCCAUAAUCCACCAAGUGCUCCUCACUUCGGGGGAACCUGGGAGCGUGAGGUAAAAUCAGUCAAGACAGCGCUGCGUGUAAUCCUGCGAGAGCAGUCGGUCCCAGAACCAGUGCUUCAAACUCUUCUAGUGGAAGUUGAGAGCAUUUUAAAUGCCAAACCACUUGGCUAUGUAUCUUCAGAUGUCGCAGACCUGGAUCCAGUGACUCCAAACUUACUUCUUAUGGGUCGCCGUGAUGCCUCUCUACCACAGGUCCUAUAUGACUCUAACAACUUGCUCGGAAGACGGAAGUGGAGACAUAGUCAGGUGCUGGCUGACUGUUUCUGGACUGCCUUUAUUCGACAUUACCUCCCAGGCUUGCAUGGUCGUCAUAAGUGGAGGACGGAUGUCAAGGAACUGACAGUAGGUCAAGUAGUACUUAUUGUCGAUCCCCAACUUCCCCGGGCACUCUGGCCUGUCGGCACAGUGACGGAAAUCCUGGCUGGGGCUGAUGGUAGAAUUCGGAUCGCCAGAGUCAGGGUUAAGGAGAAAACCUAUACCCGUCCAGUUGUCCGGUUGAUCCCACUUCCUCACCUUGAGGACGAUGACACAGGCACUUCAGACAGACUUUCUUAGGGUAUUCAAUUAUCUUACCAGAUAAUUGGGGGCGGCUGUGUCAGAAAGCCUGUCCUCGGAACUAAUGUUUUAGUUGUUGUUUCCUGUACGUCCCGUUAUUAGCGACGCACACUGGUAGAAGAUGCCUGUUAAUCCAUGUUUAUGCUGCUAUUAUGCUCUGUGUAAUGCGUUCAUGCAAUAACUACCAUAUAAUAUCACAGCUGCAUACCUCAGAUG